CCUCAGUUUCCACAAGCUCACGUCCCCACAACCUCCACCAUUCCAACUGCCACCAUGACGACGCAGCCAAGCUACGCGGAUGCCUUGGGCGUUGUCGGCCUCGUCUCGUCGGGUCUAGCCUCGGGUCUCACGCUCGCCUACCCGCUGCUGGUCAACCGGCACUUCCAGUGGAAGCAGGGCGCCCACAUCCAGCCGGCGUCGGACGCCGCCAACCUCUCUCUCGCCCAGCGCCUGACGCUCUGGAACCACAGCUACGACGUUGGCCACUGGUGCCCGCUGUUUGCGUUUGGCGCCGCUCUGGGCCUCACUGGAAGCUGUCUUGCAAGCAGCGGCGACUGGAGCGACUGGAACAAGCGCCUGCUCGUUGCGGCAAGCGUCACGCACGUCUCCAUCGCGCCGUUCACGGUGCUUGUCAUUGCGCCCGUCAACGAUCGCCUCAUGGCGCUGCGGAAGCUCGCCAAUGCGGGCAAGACCGACCUUGUUUCCGAGGACGAGGCCGACUCGCUCAUGGCGCGGUGGGGUUCGCUCCACAACGUGCGCGUCGUGCUUUCGCUUGCGGGCUUCGUCACGGCUGCCGCCGUUGCCGUCACGUAUCCAAACUAGCACCUAAUUUGUCUCUGACACGGCUGCCCGCGCGCCGUUGCGCUGUUUCCUUGCACAGCCAUGUGUCGAUUGCUGAGUACUGGAAAAUGUAAAUGGUUGACUUUCAAGAGGUAUUCACCCC